AUGUCGAUUUUCACCCUCAAGGAAGAUCGGCCUACGCCAAAGGCUAUUUACAACUGGAGAGUCUAUGCAUGCGCAGCAAUUGCGUCGUUUGCCUCAUGCACGAUUGGCUACGACUCCGCAUUCAUUGGUACUACGCUAGCUCUCCCCUCCUUCGCCGAUGAGUUCAAAUUUGACGAGUACUCGGAGAAUGGAUUGGCACUGCUCAAGCAGAACAUCGUGUCGGUGUACCAGGCUGGAGCCUUCUUUGGUAGCUUGAUGGCCUACGGUACCAGCUUCUACCUGGGUCGUCGGUGGUCACUCAUCGUCUUCUCAGUCGUCUUCAUCCUCGGUGCUGGCCUGAUGCUCGGUGCCAAUGGCGACCGCGGAUUGGGCCUCAUCAUUGGCGGCAGGGUUCUCGCCGGUGUCGGUGUCGGAGGCUGCUCCAACAUGACUCCCAUAUAUAUCUCUGAGCUCUCGCCACCAGCUGUGCGUGGUCGUCUUGUCGGAAUCUACGAGGUUGGAUGGCAGAUUGGUGGUCUUGUCGGCUUUUGGAUUAACUACGGCCUCGAGAAGACAAUGGAGCCCAGCCACGAGCAGUGGAUCAUCCCGUUUGCUGUCCAGCUUAUUCCGGCCGGCCUGCUGCUUAUUGGUAUCAUGUUCAUACCCGAGUCUCCUCGCUGGUUGUUCUCCAAGGGAAGGCGCGAAGAGGCCAUGAAGGGCCUGUGCUGGAUGCGAGGCCUGCCUGCGGAUGACUUGUACAUUAUGGAGGAGGUCAGCUUCAUCGAGGACGACAUCUCACGCUUCCGUCGUGAGGUUGGAGCUGGAUUCUGGAAACCGUUCAAGGCUCUCAAGGAACGCAAAGUUCAGCGCCGUUUCAUUAUUGGCGCUGUUCUCUUCAUCUUCCAGAAUGGGUCUGGUAUCAAUGCAAUUAACUAUUACAGCCCCACCGUCUUUAAGAGCAUUGGUGUUUCUGGGACCAGCACGAGCUUCCUGACUACCGGUAUCUUUGGCGUCGUCAAGACGGUGCUGACCUUUGUCUGGAUCCUCUUCCUCAUCGACCACGUUGGACGGCGGAUGCUCUUCAUGAUUGGUGCUGUCGGCGGCUCCUUGUGCAUGUGGUUCAUUGGCGCCUAUAUCAAGAUUUCAGCCGGGAGCACCAGCUCAUCUGACGGCAGCCUGUCGAGCGGCGGAAUCGCCGCCAUAUUCAUGUUCUAUCUUUGGACAGCAUUCUACACGCCAAGCUGGAACGGUGGACCCUGGGUCGUCAAUUCCGAGAUGUUUGACCAAAACACGCGUUCUCUCGGCCAGGCCAGCGCGGCCGCCAACAACUGGCUCUGGAACUUCAUCGUCGCCCGCUUCACCGAGCAGAUGUUCAACGCCUGGGGAUAUGGCGUAUACUUCUUCUUCGCCUCACUCAUGCUCCUAUCCGUUGCUUUUGUCUUCUUCUUCAUCCCUGAGACCAAGUCUAUACCUCUCGAGUCUAUGGACCGCCUCUUCGAAUUCAAGCCCACGUGGCGCGCCAAUAAGAUCCUUAUGGGCGAGCUGCAUUCCCGCGACCGGGACUCUAGGCACCAAGUUGAGGAAAAGGUUAGUAUUGAGGAACAGCAAAUCUCUGAUGAGAAGUCGCAAGAUAGCUCUGUAUGA